AUGAAUUUAGUUACAGGAGUUUUACUUGGUUUAUUAGUCAUCGUACUAGUGGUAAAAGCCAACCCCAAACCACAGACAGUCUCUAAGGAAAUUGUCGACCAAGUACAAAAGAUGAUUGAUGAUAAUCCAGUUUUUGUAGCAACAAAGAGCUAUUGUCCUUAUUGUAAAGAAACUUUAAAGACUUUAUUUGACGUUAUGAAAGUCCCAGUUGGCGACGCUUUGGUUCUUCAAUUAGAUACUAUGGAUGAUGGGAACGAAAUUCAAGUAGCUUUAAAACAAUUAAACGGACAAAGUACUGUACCAAGUAUUUAUAUUGGCCAAGAAUUUAUUGGUGGUAAUAGUGAUUUACAAAAAUUAUAUGCCUCUGGUGAAUUAAAAAAUAAAUUGCAAAAAGUUGUUAGAAUUUAA